AAGCUGCUUUUUUUUCCCUUCUAUUUAUUAUUCUUCGUCAAAGGUUUUCACAGUUUGCGUCAAAUACUCCGGUUCUCUAGCCGUAGCAACCCAUCGGCUCAUCAUACCGCCAUGUCACAUACAACCGUCGAAGUCGCCUACAGGCCAAGUCAAGAAGCACCUAAAGUUGAAACCACAUCGAGGGAUGAAGCAGGAGACCCAAGUCUCUCCCAAGCCCUAGAUCCCGAUAUUCAAAACUCCAACGGCAGUGGCAACGAUGUCAUCACCGACUCACCCGAUGACUCCGUUUCAUCACCACCUAGAUCAAAGAGAUCAAAGGCACAGAUCGCCACAGUCAUGGCCUCACUAUGCGCUUGUGUCUUUCUUUCUGCGCUCGAAAUCACCAUUGUAUCCACCGCUCUUCCAACUAUUGCCGCUCACUUUGCUUCUGAUUCUGGCUACACCUGGAUCGGCACCUCAUACGUCUUGGCACACACAGCCAGCACACCAUCCUGGGGCAAGUUUUCGGACAUCUGGGGCCGAAAACCUAUUCUCUUGAUUGCAAACGCCAUAUUCUUUGCUGGAAGCCUGAUCUGUGCCUUGGUGAAUGAUCUUAGCGCCUUUAUCGCUGGCAGGGCGGUGCAAGGGCUUGGUGCCGCCGGGAUGGGGACAAUGGUGAACAUCUGUAUUAGUGAUAUGUUCUCGCAGAGAGAUCGUGGACUCUACUACGGAUUGACAUCUAUUGUCUGGGCAGUGGCGUCGGGCGUCGGGCCGGUGUUGGGUGGUGCGUUGACGGAUCAAGCGAGCUGGAGAUGGUGUUUUUGGAUAAACCUGCCGAUUACUGCGGCCGUCUUUCUCGUCCUCAUUUUCACACUGAAGCUUCCAUCGCCUCAAACUCCUAUCUGGGCAGGUUUGAAGGCUAUCGACUGGCCUGGGGGCUUUCUUAUCAUUGGUGGAACUCUGAUGCUACUGCUCGGCCUCUACUUGGGUGGCGUCUACGAGCCGUGGAACUCAGCAACCGUCGUCUGCCUGAUCGUGUUCGGCAUCAUAACCGGGGGCCUGUUCGUGCUCAAUGAAUGGAAGGUGGCAGAGUAUCCUGUGAUUCCAGUUCACCUCUUCCACUCUUGGUCUUCAGCCGCAGCGUAUGCAGUUUGCUUUUUUCACGCAUAUGUCUUCAUGGGAGUUGCGUACUACCUGCCGCUAUAUUUCCAAGCCGUCCUCUUGGCAAGCCCUCUUCGGUCUGGGGCUUACCUACUGCCUUUUAUUCUGUCAAUCACAAUUACUGCUGCGAUAACUGGGGUUUACAUCCAACUAACAGGCAAAUAUCUACCUGCAGUUCACUGCGGUUUGAUCAUUAUGACUCUCGGCAUUGGUCUUUUUAUCGACAUCGACUUGGACAGGAACUGGGCAAAGCUGAUCGCUUUCCAGGUCGUCAGUGGUAUUGGGGUGGGUAUGAACUUCGAGGGUCCGCUUCUUGCGGUCCAGACGGUGGUACCAACACAAGACGUUGCCGCUGCUACCACAGCCAUGAGCUUCGUCAGGACUCUAUCUACUGCCAUCUCCGUCGUCAUUGGAGGAGUUCUGUUCCAGAACGAGAUCAAGGGCAAGAAGCAGAUGCUCAUUGAUGGGUUAGGUCACGAAAUGGCGAGUCUAUUUAGCGGAGCAAGUGCAUCGUCGCACGUCGAUAUUAUUAAGACACUACCACCAGACGCGCGACUGAUUGUCAGGAAGGCAUUCUUCCAGUCUCUCGACAGGAUGUGGAUCAUGUACACCAUAUUUUCCGGAAUCGGAGCUUUUCUUGGUUUCUUCAUCAGGGCGCAUCAUUUAAGCAAGGAGCACGAAACCGCGAGGCUCGGUUUGGACAAGAAAGACGAUAGCGCACCGACGGAGAACGGCGUCGUGGGCGGGAUUGCAAAUUCCCAGGACCAUCAAUUGGAGGAGAUGGUUGGAGAUAAUAUUAGAUUACGACAGAGGAGCUCGUAGAUGUCUAGUUGGUAUUUUUCG